AUGGCUGAAUCAUUAUCAUCACCGCCUUCUUGUGCGAGAGAUGUGUCGUCCACAAUGUCAUUAUAUGAUAAUUCGAUUUCCGAUACUGCUACAGAUAAUAUAUCCACGAGGGCGGUCUAUGAGACCAGCAUAGCGGACGAGGAUCCGCUGUUUCGGCCUGUGUCCAGGCCUCUUUCUCGUUCUAGUAUAAAUUCAGGCUUGUCGAUGAUUGCGACAAAGGACGGAGUUGAGGGAAGGAGAGUUCCGAGGUAUGGGAUUCCACAAUAUUCACUAAACUUGCUGAACACGAUGAACAGCCAGAACCACUGGAAGAAGUCACAUGGAGAUGAUUUGACUAGGGAUUGCUUGAGUGGACCACCAAUGACUUUAAAAGAGAAGAUGCGGUUGCUGACUAACGACAGAACUUCCAGGAAUAGCAGUAAUGAGUCUACGGACUCUUUUGAAGAGCAGGCACAGAACGAAAGCAUAAUGCUUUCGUCCAGCCGCAACCACCUAUUUCUACCUAGGAUGCAUUCAGAACUAGAGAGUAAUUCGAGCACCCUUGGGGACGACCCGUCGUAUUUAUACGAGAUGGGAGGUACUCAACCUGCUCUUAGCGUCACUGAUAGUGACAGAGAGGGUGGAUUUUCGUAUAUUCCAACGUCGAAUUAG